UUUUCAAUAAGUGUCAGUGUCAUCAUUUAUCAAUUAUCAUUUCAUUAUAUUUUAUAAUAUAAUAUGUGUUUGAUAAAUAUAAAAUACAAUCCAUUGUAAGGAUUAUGAAACAGUGAACGACAAUUCGACAACGUAUUCAUGCAGUAAAUGCAUUAACACGCAAUGCCAAUCCACCAGAAGUAUCUUGCUUUGUAAACUGUUUUUAACUUAAAUAGCAUAUACAUAAAUAGUGCACAGUAUAAACAGAACAUACAUUUCAUCCAUAUUAUUCGCAUCUAAUAAACAAAAACUCGAUUAAAUAUGCGCGAAUUCAAAGUUGUUGUGCUCGGAUCUGGCGGAGUGGGUAAAUCGGCCCUUACCGUUCAAUUUGUUUCGGGAUGCUUCAUUGAAAAGUAUGAUCCUACAAUUGAGGACUUCUAUCGCAAGGAAAUAGAGGUAGAUAGCUCGCCUUGUGUUUUGGAAAUAUUGGACACAGCAGGAACAGAGCAAUUCGCCUCCAUGAGAGAUCUCUAUAUCAAGAAUGGACAUGGCUUUAUUGUAAUGUAUUCACUUACGAACCAUCAAACAUUUCAGGAUAUUUCUAGUAUGAAAAAUGUGAUCACUCGUGUAAAGGGAAGUCAGCCAGCACCCAUCCUACUAGUCGCGAAUAAAUUUGAUUUAGAUUGCCAAAGAGAGGUAUCCACCGCUGAAGGUAAUGCCUUGGCACAGCUGUGGGACUGCCCAUUUAUCGAAGCAUCAGCAAAGGAUCGGAUAAACGUUAAUGAAGUAUUCGCAACCAUUGUUCGCGAAAUGAAUUCGACGCAAGAGAAUCGGCAAAAAAAGAAUUACUGUUGUUGUACGCUUUUAUAGAAAUUUUGUAAGAUUAUAAGAUUAUUAUAGUUAAAAAUAAAAGUACUAAUAUUUAA